CAGGGAAGUUCUGUGCAUUUUGUCGUAUCGCGGAGUAUCCGCCGGUUCCUUUACGAAGUGCUAAAAUAUCCUAUAGGUGUUUUCACGCGUUAUCUGUUCUAAAGUGAGACGCGCAGUCCGAGCGAUAACGUGUCUGUUGCGAUCUUGUCACAGACAGAAGCGCGCGAAGAUCGGCGUUUGGUACUCGACACGCGCGAGAGAGGAAAAGCCGGUACGCGUAGCCGGGCGACAGAUAGGGGUAGAGGGAAAGAGAUAGAGAGAUAGAGAAAUAGAGAAAGAGAAAGACGGCCGCGUGUGUGUUGGUCAACAGUGAAUGUACGAGUUCCGUCGAAAGUUUGACGCAAAGAGAUAUCCCGUUGUACAUGGAUAUCUGAGAAGGAUAUUAAUCUAGGAAAAGAGAAGACGCGCGCGCGCGCGAGAUCCGGUGCUCGGGAGUGUAAAUAACACGAAUUCGAAGGACGACGACUCGGAGCCGGCAUUUUGACGUUUGGCUCCUGCGCCUUUCGCUUCUUCUUUUCUCUACGCGUGUGAUGAAUACUGUUGCGAGCAAGCUGUGCUGCACGCGACGCCAACAGACAGAGCGUCGAGUCGCACGAGUGAAGUUGUCGUCGCAGUGAGGAGAGUUUUAUCACGAUAUAAUACUCGAACCGACCAGUAGCUUCGCCAGUAGUACCACCAACGUCAACACUCUGUUUUUUCUCGCGCGAGAGAGAGAAAGAAAGAGGGAUAGAGAGAAAGAAAGAGAGAGAGAGAGAGAGAGAGAAAGAGCGUCUUUUCGACGCGUCGUGUGCGCGCAUUCGCGGCGGAAACCCGUUCGCUCCAUAACCGUCCCUUUUACCCGCGAUCGGAGCGGCCGUCCGCGCGUCCCUCCGAGAGGACGACGACGCGCGUUAUCGUCCCGUCUCGUUGCCGUUGCAUUCUCUCUCGCACCAACGGUUAAGAAGAAGGAGGAGGAGACGGAGGAGAGGGAUUUCUGCCUGAUGAUACGCACGUGCGCUCGCCGCUAUUUACUACGUUUACGUGCGUGCGUGCGCGCUAGUCGUCGUAGUAGUACGCACGGUCGUGUUCGCGUUCAGUGAAUCGAAAUUUAUUUUCAUGUCGUAAAAUACGCGCGGUUUCGGUCUUCUCGUCGGGUCAAGUUUGUCACUUCGAUUGAUAUAUAUAUAUACAUAUAUAUCCGAUUUCGAUUGUACGCUUUGGCUUCGCGUCUCGCGCGGCACCUGCAGGAGGACGCCGAAGCGGAGAACAGACGCGGAGGGACUCUCGUAGUCGCGCGGCGUAGCCAUGGAGGAUACGCUUCUACCAAGCGGUAAUAUUUUUCGGGAGGUGCAGGACAUACACGACACCGGAUGCUUCUCGGCCCAGCCGUCGCUCGAGGAUCAUUGGCAACAGACAUGCUACGAGAUGGAGAGGUACCUGAAGGACGAGCCGAAGCUGCAAUCGUACAAAAAACUCCCCACGGAACUCGACACAGCACCCUGGAACCUCUUCAGGGCGCCGUCGAUUUCGUGGACGUCUACCGGAACAAGCGCACAAUUCGACCCCCCAAUCAAAAUGGAGGUGACGACAUCAGAUGAGAGGGAUCCCCUCUGUCUGGACGAUAUGAAAUUCAGUCCUGGCGAUCACAAUGACAACGGUCGCGACAGAGAUCUCCUCGAUCGUCAUCUCGAUUCCCUGUCGAUGUCCUCGUCGAGUUCAGCGUGUUCAGCACUGUCUUGGGACAGUUCACCCUCCCUCUCCUGCACGGCGCUCAUUCUCAAAAAGGAGCCCAGCGAGGAUCUUGAGGAGGAUGAGGAACACGAGGAGAUCGAAGAAGAGGAGGACAGCGGGUGCGAAAGCGAAGGUCAGAUCCUGACGCCACCGUCGAGUCCUGGGUCGGGUCAAGGUCAUUCCAACUCCAGUCACUCGUCGAGCGGGAGUUCGACGCUCGACGUGCACAACCUCAACCUUCACGGCAACGGCGGAAGGAGCGCAAUCGUCAGGGUUACCACUAGCAACGCGCAGAGUGGCACAAGAAUGAUCUCCGUCACAGCGAACGGCUUCUCCGCGGUCGCCGGCACGCAACACGCGCACGCGGGCACGACCACAGCCGCGAACAACGUGGCCAAUCGACACCACGCGAGGAGCAACGAGCACAGUCCGCCUGACACGAAGCGCAGGAUACACAAAUGCCAGUUUCCCGGCUGCAAGAAGGUGUACACCAAGAGCUCGCAUCUCAAAGCCCAUCAAAGGACGCACACGGGAGAGAAGCCGUACAAGUGCAGCUGGGAGGGUUGCGAGUGGCGAUUUGCGCGUUCGGACGAAUUGACGCGCCAUUACCGCAAGCACACCGGCGCGAAGCCGUUCAAGUGCCGGCAUUGCGACCGAUGCUUCUCCCGCAGCGAUCAUCUAGCGCUCCACAUGAAAAGACACGUAUAAUAUACCGCCACCGCGGACGAUCGCAACCGCGCGUCACAGUCCGCGACCUCCGGGGCUUCACCGAUCGCGGCGAUUUUCAACGUUUGCGCAGGACUCGCGCGAUCCAGCUUCUUCCGGGAUUGUCUAGUGAACAAGCUGCGACCAGGAUCGACCAAAAAAUCGAUCGAACUGAAGAAGCAACAACGGCGAACUAGAACGACGAAAGCAGCUGCAUCGAGCGAUCGCAACGAGACGUCAGAUCCCGUCAUUCGGGAAUGACGGGAAUGCGUUCUUGAGAAUCGCCAUCGAGAAGGAUCGAUGAUCAACGAGAAGUCGUGAGAAUUUAAAAUGGAAAAUUCGAGCUUGUGUGUUCGCAUAAUAAAGAGAACAUCAGAUUCCAUUUCAUCCAACGAGAUGUGUGUCUCUCUUUCGCGAGAUACAAAAGACGAUCGUAAGAAAUAAAAGAUCGAGUGACGUUCGUCUUUGAGGAAUCGUGUCAGAAAGAUCGGAGGAUUGACACGAAACUAGUCUUCGGUCCCGCUAACUCGUGCGACUUUGAGGAGACGGGGGGGUCAGCAACGAUAUCGAGCGCUACAUCAUGUGACGCGAGGGAAGAAGCCUCCGGAAAAGAAGUGGCGGAACGAAACGGUCGCCGAGAAGUCUCGCAUGAGGGACGUCAAUCACUGCCAAUUCGUUACAUUCUAAGAUCAACGCUGUCGUCGAAGAUUUCGAGCUGCGACUUCGCAAGCCGGAGGCCUUCGCGAACGAGCAGCGAGAUGCUGACCGCAGGAAGCCUAACAUUUCGCCGAUCCUCAGAUCGUCACAGUGACGCGCAGCUUGAGCGGAUACUCUGUAUUGAAUUGUACGAGAGAACCGUCUGCCGUUUGCAAAAAAAAAAAAAACAAAAAAAAACAAAAAAACCAAAAAAAAACGACCGUUUCUUCGCAUUUUCAGAGAUCACGUCGAGUGGCGCAAGCGCCGUCGCGCGUGCAUUAAAAAAUAGAAAACAAAAACCAAACGUAGAUUUCGCGAGGACAAUAAUGCAGACUCUCGGUGCCAAACGUUAUUUCCUUUCACUGUAGCGCUUCUUCUUCGAAAAGCUCCGCGAAGCGGCUGAAAUUGCGCUCGCGCGGCGCGUCAACCCGCGGCCGAUCUCUCGCCACAUCUCGGAGUCGCACUCUCUCGCGCGUGCGACGGAGAGUCGAAGCGACGACGCGUUGGUAAUUGAAUACGUGAUUUCGACCAGUUUCACCGGCAACGAGAUUUGCUAAUCCGGAUGCUAAUCCUGAAUUUACAGUGCGAAUUACAACGCGUUUCGCAGCUCCGACUCCGCUUACAAUCGCACGCGCGCAGAUGCGAGACCCGAGUAUUUCGUAAGUUAGAAUUGAUUCUCAUGGAACGCACGUCGAUUUCCACUUCGAACACUCCCCGUAGUCACUCGAUCGUUUCAGAGUAAAACGAUCAUUUUGCUUUGAUCUUUGUGAAACAUCUUUUUGGACUUGUUUAGAGAAGCCUCUUUUAAUUUCCGAGCAUGCGCGAGUAAGGGAAUCGUUCGAUGAAAACGAUCAUCAUGAAAGAAAAAAAAACACUCAACAGAAUACACAAAUAAGAUAUAUAUUUUUUAAUAUUCUCGUCGCAUAUACAACUCAUUGAAACAAUUGUAGAUAAGGAAAUGUAAUGUCUCUCUUGUAAGUUCGUGCACUUUUCACGCCAGUCAAACAUUCCGCGAGUGAUUCCCCGCUUCGCGCAUGAUCGACGGCAGACGGUUUUAAAUCGCAUCAUUUUUUGUAUCCGCGUUUUGUGAUCCGCAGCUCACGAUCAUCAGCGGAGAGAUCGCUCGUCUCGCUCGUCAUCGAUCUACGAAGCCCCCGAUGUUACGAUAGUCAAGACAGCGCCGAUAAAAAAAAAAAAAAAAAAAAAAAAAAACGACCGACGAUUGUUUCGGCGCGGCGGAUAAGAACCGCGCGCGCGCGCGGUCAUCAAAACGACGAAAGAAGUAAACUUCUCAAGAAGACUAACUUUACCUGAUGUAAGAGGCGCGAAGUAGCCAAGCAAAUGUAAGAGAUAAAAAUUAAAUAAAUUUUAAAUGUUCAGUGGCCAAAUAAAAGUAAUUGAUACGCACGAGUAAAAAGUAACUGAUAUGCAUAGAAAUCUACUAAAGAUUACCGCACCUACUGUGCGAGCCCGACUGACGGAAAUGUCGGCGCAAAGUUCGUGCGAGUGCAUGUGCAUGCGUGUGCGGCUGUGUUGUUUAUGUCUGCUGCGUGGGACGCCGAUGCGUGGUGUACGUAAAUUUGCGUGCGUGCGUGCGUGCGUGCGUAGUGCGAGCGUCGUGAGUAUUGCGUGUGUGUGUGUGCAAUUUUUUCCACGUGGGUAAUCCCGAACCUGCAAAGGCGGGGGGGAGAUAAAUCCAAGGGAGGGAGAAGAGAAACACUGAGUUUGUAUAUUGUGCAAUUUUUUCAAUGUUUCAUUAUUUGUUACCAUGUUUACGAUUAAUUAUAAAUAAAUAAAUAUAUAUAUAUAUAUAUAUAUAUGUAGCAUUUACAAUUUUAGGAUAUAACGGCCAUGGAGCCAGACGUCUUUUUGAUAGCCAUAUUCGGAUACUGUGGUCGUCCUCCCACCCUCUCUACACACACCCCCGAUCUUUUUUUCCCCGACGGGCGAGAUGCAAAUAAAAAAAAAAAAAAAUAAAUAAAUAAAUGAAAACUACGCGUAGUACAAGAGAAAGGAAAAUAACCGCGCGAAAAGAUUCAAAAGUCCCGUCUCUGACCUCGACGGCCUCUCGUUAAAUUCCAUGCCGGCCGCUGGAACGAAAGUAACAGAAGAUAAUGAUCCUUGUUAGAGGUAGAGUACGCCACGCAUGUAUAAUUUGCUCUCAGACUCGCGCACCAGGUUCCGCCACGCUAUUUAGUGAUGGAAAAGGGGGUGACGAGUCGAUACCGCAAAAGGGGAGACUGUCCCGGCGGAAAGUUCUUGUCGUCACGACAAGCGUUUCCGGCAUUUCCAAUCGAGGCGACCAACGAGCUCUGUAGAUAUAUAUAUCGCUAUGCGAACGAAUACACACACAGACACAUACACACGUUGAGCGCGUUGUUCCAACACGAGGUGAGCGCGCACGCGUACGCGCAACUAAUUGAAAAACGGGAAAAGAAAAGUGCGCGGAUAUACUUUGAAUAAAAAAAAAAAAAACUUAGCUAGACGUUUAGAUAGGUAGAUGGAUAGCUAAAUCGUUAGAUAGGCACUUAGAUAGAUAAAUAGAUCGACGAACGAGAAUAGAACGCGUGCGCCCAAGAGUGCUUGAGUCAGAUAUAGAGAGAGAGUAUUAUAUAUAUAUAUGUAUAUGUAGGUAGAUGGUUAUACAUAGAUAAAAAAGAGAGAAAGAGAGAUGUAAGUACCUAAGAAAACUCUAAUAAAUCUUAGGAGAAACAGUAUCGCUGUACGAGGUAAUUAUAAUAAGUGAACAUAAGUGUUUUAUGAUAAACUCGUGUACAAGAAAAAAAACGAGACGAAUACUGAAGAAUAAAAAAUAAAAGCAUACAUAAAAAAUUAAGUGGUAAUUUAAAGAAUUAAAAAAAAAAAAUACACAGUACGAUUAUAUUAAUUGUAUUAUCGUGAUCUAAGGUAUUUUCAGUCAUGUUGUAUAGUAAUUGUAAAUUAUACACGACUUUAAAAGAAAGAAUGCAAGAGAGAAAGUGAGAUUCAGAGAGUGAAAGAGAGUGUGUCUGAGUAAGAGAGAAAGAGAGAAGAAUGAGAGAGGAUGACAGGUAGAGCAAACAUAAGAAGUGCGGCGCGACUCGUGAUAGGUUUAUUAGCUUUGCGUAAAAACGAGAAACAGAGAAGAUACGAGUCGAAAAAAAAAGAAAAUUGAGAAAUCAAGCAACGCUGGUCGAGUCUCGCAAAAUUUGUAUAAUAUUAAUAAACGCGCCCCGAAAGGAAUAUUUCGACGUGGAAUGAGAGCAAAAAUUGCGUACGGGCUUAAAGGACUGAGAGAAAAGAGAGAGAAAGAGCUCCCUUUUAUUAAUAAACGUUAAGAAUUAAUAAAAAAAAAAAAAAAAAAUACUCGCGGCAACAGGGCACUGCGACGAGCGCGAUACUAGAUAACUUUCGAAGCACUUAUCUCUUAUAUGAAAGAAAAAUAAUUUGAUGCUACUAUAAUGAAGUUAUAUACAGAAAAAGGCAGAAGUAUUAAGUAUCGAAUUGCAAUUCAGGAUGUCUGCAAUAAUUUUAUCGCUGCAAUAAUUUUUGUAUGCUUUUGCCGAAACAUUUGUCAUCCUUUUUUAAUCUUUGUUGCAAUAUAUAUCUGUACGAGAAAUAUUUUUAAUCAAAUAAAAAAAUAAAAAACUUUUACUAUU